AUGGCAAAUCGGCCGGCAUGGCAUUUUCUUCUUCUGUGGAUUUUGUUCAGUGUUUUAGCAUCCAGUUUGCUUAAUGUGGAAUGUACUAGCACGUCCCCUGAACCAGAAUCAGAAUCAGAAUCAGAAGCAGAAUCAGAAGCAGAAUCAACACCUGAACCAAGAGAAGCCGGUCCGAUUCUAGCACCUCCGUUCACGUUUAUUGCUUUAAUCAUAUUUGCUUUGGCGGGACUUUUUUUUAAGUCGCAAAUAUGGAAAGGCGGAGAGCUAAAUUUGGAGCGUUCUGAGAUAGUUAACUAUGAAAAACACCCAGCGAUUGAACCAUUCCUUUCUCCCUUUGAUGAUGAAGUCCAAAAGUGCCUAAGGAAAUAUCCCAACCACCCCUUUGAACUUGCCAAAGUUUCCGGACCUUGCAUCGUAUCACUGGCGUUUUGUCCGUUUACCCUAUAUUCACACGGUUUCCUACUGGAAAGCUUUUGGCAAAGCUUGGGUGUUAAUGUCGAAACUCUGAAUAUUAAUGACGCCAUCCAGUGUUUCCUUACACCAUCGGGACUGGUCUAUGCUAUCAUGUUCGGCUUCGUGUUCCAGUUUGUGGCGGCAAAACAGCAGGAAGUCCAAAAGAGGUUAAUGUUCCAAGUUGGACUAAUGGGGGAGCUUGUCACUAUGACAACUAAACUCCAUUUUCUACCAGAAGACCGCAUGGAAGUGCUUCGAUCAGUUAAGGAUGAAUGUAUCAGUAUGAUGUCUCAUAUUCUGAAUAGAUCACAAGAUUCAUUCAAGAAUGAUCCACCCGGAAAAAUGGAGGAGAGUCUUUACAGUGUCUUGGAUAAAUUGCGUCGAGUUGAUGUUACUGACAAAUCUUCCAAGGUAGAUGCGGUGCUGAUGAACAAAGCCAUCACCAACAUCACAGAAAUCAUCGGUGUAGAUUCUGACCAGCUGACUCUAUUUCAUGCCAGGCUUCACGUUUUGCAGUGGAUGAUUCUAGAAUCGCUUGGUUUCCUGGCUUUCUUGGGAAUUUUGUUGGUGGAUGGCAAGUCACACCGAUUUGAGCUGCUAAUUUGCAUGAUCACAGUGUUUUCUAUCAGUAUGCUUUGCUACAUUGUCUCAGAUAUGGACUUUCCCUUUAGUGGCUUUUUUCGUAUUGACCUGCAGCCUCUUUAUGACGUCAUCACCAGUGCAGAAGAGGCUUAUUUUGAGGCUUAUACGCACAUUGGUGUAACCGCUGAAUGGCAGUUGAGCACAGGCAAAGAGGCUGGCGAAUUAGAUGAAGAUGACACUGUGCUAGUAGUAUAAUGUUGGUAAUAAUUAAACAAUUAGUAUUCUGUAAAUAUUCUAAUAAUCUUAAGCUAAUUGGAAUCCAUGUGGAUUUUCAAAACUUUUUGGCGCCUUUGUGUUCCUUAAAUACGCGUCGUUGAUGCUUUUAUAAAAACGCGUCCUGUUGCGUAUAUCCCGAAAUAUCAUUGUGUUGUUGAUGUUCAAAAUAUACAUAAUACAUUGAUAUAGAUUUUGAAGAUAAAUCUUGAAAUAGAACAUGAAAACAAAUAAGUUGUAAUUUGAUUGUGGAUUUAAGCAUUUUUCUUCUUAUAAUAUUUAUCUUCAAUAAAUCUAUAUUUUGUUGUUUCCUAAAACUGAUAGACACUUCACACCAACACUCACAAUAAACUGUAAAUUGCAUCUUGUGGUAUUCACAUGUGCAUAUUUGUACAUGCAUGAGCAUUGCACUGCU